UCUAUCUCCACUCCAAACACUUCGUGUGCCUAGCACAUCUUUGACUUUGUUUGGGGUCGUCUCCUGUGAUCUGCAAAACUGUAAUAAAUAUUUGAUGACUAUUCUAUGUUACUGCCUAUUAAGUUGAAUGUAAAAACCUCAAGGAGCCAAUGUCGAACUCGACCCCCUUUAAUGAUUUCACCCUGAAAGGCUCAUCUUAGAAUGGACAUAUUCAAGGAAUGGGACCAGGCGCCUGUAGAAGUGGCUGAAGACAGAAGUGUGGCAGUCGAGUACACAGGAUGGGACCAGAGCUGCCAACUACCCAACAGAGGCCAUGUCGAUGCCCUUUUGGAUAUCAGCGAGGAUAUCUCAUCCAAAGAGCAGGAGCCAUUUGAGUUUCUCUGUCUCUCCGGAUGGGAGGAAGCUAUCCGGGGCUGGGGCAGAACUACUCCACUUGGCUGCCUGGUUCAGACCCAGAGGAAAGGAAAGAGGGUCAAGUCUGGAGACACAGACCACCACCGCCACCUGUGUGUGGACCUCGUGAAGCUCUCGGACCCCCCUUACUCAGAGUCCAGCUUAACCCACUCCCCUGAGUCCUUCUGUGAUUCCUCCCUGGACCAAUGGGAGAAACCCCCCACAACCCUGGGAGACUUCCUGAACAGACCCACAGUCAUACCUCUAGCGUCUCUUCAGAGGACUCCCCACCAGAGUCCUUCAGGGACCUUCAGAAAGCCACACAGCAACUGA